UGUGUGGAGUGCAUUGCACGCGUUCGAGAGCCGUUGCUUGCAAAUAAGAAAGUCCAAAGAUUAUUAAAAACCUUGCAAAAAAAAAGCGCAGCACCUUUUUUUUAGCCUUUUAUACCUUCCCUUGUCAAUUAUGGACCCUGUCGCUGAUGUUCGCCGCGGUGCCUUCAAAGCGCGUAGCCAUUUCAAACCCGAAGAAGUAAGACGACGGCGUGAGACGGCACAAGUAGAGAUUCGAAAACAGAAAAAAGAAGAGAACCUAUUCAAGCGACGCAACUUUAACCUCACUCAUUUGACGGACGAUUCGGACGAAGAAAUCGACAUUACAGGCAUUGACAAUCAGCCUGGUACUGUGUUGCCACAAAUGGUUCAAGACUUGUACUCUUCCGACAUUGAAGUUCAGCUACAGAGCACGGUCCUGUUUCGAAAGUUAUUGUCUCGCGAAAAGGACCCACCUAUUGAGCAAGUCAUAGCUUGUGGUGUGGUCCCAAAAUUUGUUGAAUUUCUUCGUUCAGAACACAGUUUGCUCCAGUUUGAAUCAGCGUGGGCAUUGACCAAUAUCGCCUCCGGAUCGUCUCAGCAAACGCAAACUGUCAUCAGCCUGGGUGCUGUGCCUUGUUUCAUCGCAUUAUUGAGCAAUCCCGUGGUGGAUGUGCGAGAACAGGCAGUAUGGGCUCUAGGGAAUAUCGCAGGUGACAGCCCGCGAUGCCGUGACUUUGUGCUUGAAAAUGGGGUCCUUCCUCCGUUACUUACCAUCUUCCAAGAUGCUCCAAAACUCUCCUUGUUACGUAAUACUACAUGGGCAUUAUCCAACCUUUGUCGUGGUAAAAAUCCACAACCUCCAUGGCCUCUGAUUGCUUCGGCAUUACCGGUACUCGCACAAUUGAUAUAUUCUACAGACGAAGAAGUGCUCAUUGAUACUUGUUGGGCGCUUUCUUACUUAUCCGAUGGCGUCAAUGAGAGAAUCGGUGCGGUGAUUAACUCGGGUAUAUGCGGCCGUCUCGUCGAAUUGCUGAGUCACACAUCCACGGCUGUGCAAACGCCAGCUUUACGAACUGUGGGUAAUAUCGUAACCGGCGACGAUAGUCAAACGCAGGCUAUCAUCAACUGUGGUGCUGUAAAUGCUCUGCUGCAUCUUCUCUCCAGCACAAAUGAAACUAUCCGGAAAGAAACAUGCUGGACCAUAUCGAAUAUUACCGCAGGCACCGUCCAGCAGACUCAGGCGGUGAUUGACGGCGGUCUCAUCCCUCCUUUGAUCCAGCUCUUGGCGAUGAGCGAUAUCAAGACCAAAAAAGAAGCAUGCUGGGCCAUUUGCAAUGCCACCUCGAAUGGACUCCAUAAAACGGAUCAAAUCACAUACUUGGUGUCCCAAGGCUGUAUCAAACCGCUUUGUAACAUGUUGACGUCGUUGGAUAAUAAGAUCAUAGUCGUGGUAUUGGAUGGAUUGGACUCGAUACUGAAAGCAGGCGAACUGGAAAAGAUGAACACCCUGGACGGUCUGAACCCAUACGCUCUGCUGGUUGAAGAAUGUGGCGGUGUCGACUAUAUCCACGGACUGCAGAGCCACGAGAACGGCGAAAUUUACAAGAAGGCUUAUCAGCUCAUUGACAAAUAUUUCAGUGACAGAGAUGAUGAACAGGAUGAAAAUAUGCAGCCUGUCGUUGAUACCACCUCUUUCAGUUUCCAACAAAUAGAAACGCCCCAAGGUGGAUUCAAUUUUGGCACACCGAAUUAGCUCCUCCUCGUAUUAAGAGCCACUUGCGUUCACCAUUUAUGAUUUGUCUGUGUCGGCGCUAAUAGAUUUAUGGCCAUCCUUUAUUUUAGUGCUGCUUAUCUCAAGUGAAAAUGCUUUUUUUUAUCCCUCCCCGCUGUUUAUUUUACCUAUUCAUUCCUUUGCUUAUCCCACUAUCAAUAGCUGACACCAACAACAUGAAUAAAGUCGCUUGUCGUGUACCUUUUUAUCGCCAUUAUCAAGACCUCAAGUGUAACGUUUUGUGUUUAUUUUCUGGCGUUACGAGGAUAAAGCAGCCAAGUGCAAUGAAUACAGUUGACGAUAGAUAAGACCUAGGAAUUAUAAAACCAAUCGUCUCGCUGGGAUGACGCCAACGUUUUACAGUUUACGGGAAUGUGAAAUACGAAUGAAGGGCCAAUCCCUUUGGAGGGAAAACGGAUACACAGUAAAAAAUGCGGAUGA